GGGGCGGUGUCUGAAGUGGGGGAGGGUAGGUGAAGGAGGCAAGGUAGAUAGGGAAGUAUCGACUACGGAGGAACAACAUUAAGUGGCUGACCACACAGGAACUGUGACCUCAUCCUGGGAUUCUCUGUAGCGUCCCUGUGACACCGGCCUUUCAAUGACAUUGGCCCAGAUACAAACGAGUGCAACUGACUAAGUGGAGCCUUGGAGUUUGGGAAAGGAGCUAGCUGUUUGGUGAAUAUCUGGUGCCAACAUCAAAGAUGGCGACAAAGGGCUGUUUCGUUGUUACAAAAUACUUCUUGUUUGUUUUCAACCUGAUUUUCUUUUUUCUUGGUGGAGUGAUGUUGGCAUUUGGCCUUUGGAUUCUGUUUGACAAAAACAGUUUCAUAUUGGUUCUAGAAACUGCCUCAGUCCCUCUCCGCCUGUGGUCAUACUUGCUCUCGAGCCUGGGGACUUUCACUAUGGUGAUGGGAUUCCUUGGCUGCAUCGGAGCGCUGAAGGAAGUGAAAUGCAUGUUGGGAAUUUAUUUCACUUUGCUUGUAUUCCUCCUGACGUUACAGAUUACUGUUGGGGUUCUGAUCUACACCCAGAGGAAGAUGAUUGAGAAACAUUUGAGCCUCGCAGUGAAGGAUCUGAUUGAAAAGUACAAUGAAACUGAUGGCAAACUGCAGAAUGAGGAGGAGAGUUGGGACUUCAUCCAAUUCCAAUUCUUUUGUUGUGGUUGGAAUAGCUCUCUGGAGUGGAUGAAAAACCCACAAAUGAAACAUACUGAUUCUCAGGGAGAGUUUCCCUUUCCCUGUUCCUGCUAUAGAUCCAUCUCCCAGAAUAACAGCACCUUGAACAUUACCAAAGAGACAGGAUUCUGUUCUGCCCCCACAAACCCACUGACAGAAAAGCUGAAGAGCUGUAAGGCGAAUGUGUUCGAGUGGAUUCGGGAAAAUAUUUUGAGCAUCAUGAUUGUCUCCAUUGGUGUGAGUUUACUGGAGAUCUUUGCGAUGACAUUAUCGAUGUUAUUGUGUAGGAACAUCGACCCAGAUUACGACAAGCUCAUUCGCUUUCAGUAACGACAAGGCUUGUGCGCUGGUCUGAAAGGAUAGAAAACCGAUGUGUUUAUUUUUCUUUGUUUAUAACUUCCUGCAGUAACCCUGCUUCCAGUUUGUGCUUAACCCUUUUGGAAGAUUGCAGUUGGGACUGGGGUCGCCAUAGCAGGUGCUGACUCCUCUGAGGAGCAGGGUUCAGAAAGUAGAAAUCAACUGUCAAGUGCCGAACUCUCAACAGCCAACAACAAUCUCAAUCCAACUCGUUUUACCCAAACCAAAUUUGGUCAAAUCAUUACACCCAGGAGCUAGGAGCCCAAAAAGAACCUUGGCUUUUAUUCAGUUUUUGCCUGUCGCUUAACUCAUUAACAUGUCUGUAUUGGAGAGGUGACAAAGAUGCAGAGGAUAAACCAAGAUCUUCUCUAAGGAUUCUUCACAAGACAUAUCAGCUACCUCUGUUUGGCUGCUGAACGGAGAUUGGAUAUUGAAGGUAGAGCAUGGAGGAAAACUUUAAAAAGAAAAAAAUUGAACGUGGAUCGCUUUUGAGGUUUUGAUGUCAGAUGCACAGAUUGUUUAUUUGUUUUUGGGCAACAUGUGACCAAGUAGGAAGUGCAGGAUGUGAUACUUGUAUAAUUAUUGGCUGAGAUUUAUUGGGAGGAUAAGUAGUACCAGUAGCUGUUAGUGCACAACCAAGUGCUUCAGAACUGCCCCAAAGAUUCAGGAAGUAAACGUAUUGUCCAGUUUGCUACUGACUUGGGUUCAGUUCUUGGUUAGUGAGUUGACUGAUCUGAGCAUGUAUGGUGGUAAGGGCUUCACAAUUUUUGAGGAAUAUCAGGGGUUCUGAUUACAGUCCAGGGCCCUGUCUACCUCCAGCUUCUGUCAGUGCAGAGCUCCCUCAGUACCACCCCUGACAGUGCAAAUACUGGUAUAUUCCCAUCAUAUUUCAAUGUGGUAGGGAUCAGUGUUCAGUGCCAGGCAAGUGAACACAAACCAAGCAUCAAAGCAUCUUGAAGUCUCCAUCAAUGUUCCUGUGUAAAAAUCCCAGGAUCCCAUCCCAAUCUGAUUUAUAUCUUUAGUACAACAUCAACAGAUGUGUUGGGCUCGAUUCUUCCUGUUUCCUUUUCUGAUUUAAGAGAUUCCAAGUCAAAUUCUUAUAGGUGAAAAAAAAACCUGUUUAUAUUUUAGCCUUUCUGACUUAAGGGAGAGCCAGAGGGACAUGUCUGAUUUGAUCGAUUGGCAGUCAUGCCAGUGAAUAAGUUGGACUUUAGUGAGACAGCAACAAUUGACAUCAAUGAAACUUUGCUGCUGCUGGAACGACUUCAAAAAGGUUUAAGUGUUUUGUUCUGCGUGAUUCUGGCUGCUGAUUUGCUGCCUGUUUGGUGAGAUUAAGGAUUUGAUGUAAUGCUAGGAAAUGCGUGUGUAGAUAUUCAUGAGGGCAAGAAAGGCUUGUUGCGAUGCACUCUAAGGGCAGACAUCGACGAACAUUUAAUGUCUGGGCUCAAACAUUAAGAGUAGGCAAUUGGAUGAAGUACUGGAGGAUCAGCCAGUGCCAUUGAUCUGUACACAGUGACCAUCAGCACCAGAGAAACAAAUAAUGCCUUAGAUUGGAACGUGGAGCCUGAAGUCGCAGUAUCUGUGGUUUCAGGUGAACAGUAACCCUUCCCCUCCCCCGAGAUCAAAUCUUCAGCCCAAACUGCACUAUUAAUCUUCAUAAAUUGUCAAAAUAACUUGACCACUGGUGGCUGGCUAUUCCUGGACACUGUAACCCUGCCAUGCAAGUGAACACAUAUAGGAAAAUAGAGUUUUUUGCCGAGAAUGUACAGCAGCUGAUUCAGGAUCUGAAAGAAUAAAUACAGGUCAAUGUUUCACCUAAUGAUCUGGCCGCAGAUUGAGCUAGACAUUGUCUUUAUUUACAGCAUUCCCUUGAAUUUCCCACCAGUCUCUUGUCACUGCAGCUGACUUUCUAUGAUAUUUAGUCUGUAGCUGUUGAAUCAGGAAAGGACAAAGUGUGUGAUGAAUUUUACAAGUGAAGAGUUGAGAAGAUUAUGACUAAAGGCCUACUCUUUAGCAAAUCAAAGACAAUGAUAAUUGUCACUGAAUUAAGUCUGUUCCAUUUCUAUAUUUUAUAUCAGAUAUAUUUUGAAAAUGUUAUCAUACUUGGCAUACCCUGAUCAGCUCAGUGCUUGCACUCUUGUCUCCCGAGUCAGAAGGUGUCAGUUCAGUCCCACUUCUAACACUUGAGCCACACUGGCCGUGCAGUGCUGAGGGAGUUCUGCAGUGUCAGGGGUUUGAGGUAGAUUGGGCACUUUUCAGGUCUGACAGUGGUGGCCUUUAGACCAUUUGUGAGUUUGCCUGAUGCACUCAACAAUGCAUCAAAGCUAUCCUGGUUAUCCUGAUCACAACAGGAUACCUGAAAUUACUCUGGCAAGGGAAGUUACUCAAAAAUUUGAACACAAGUGGCAUUUUCUACUAACAGCAUACUGCUGUCAGUCCAAAAAGAUAUUCUGCUAUCACACUGCUGAGCAUCAUUGUGUAGGAAUUUCAGUGACAGAGUGAUACCAGGUAUGUAGCUGUAUGCCCCACUGAUUGGCUGAUAGAAUCUAACAACAUGUCCCUCUGGCUGUUCAUAAUAGGCAGAGUACAGACUAUACUUAACCAGCCCAAAAUAAAAUGCCUACUGUUAGAUGUCAUUCUGCAAUUUAUUAGAAUCUUAUCUCUCAAGUCUGAAUGUUUCUUUUACAAACUGGAAGGACGUGGCAUGAUCUGGACAUAUGAAUGCUAACCUGGGACUUAAGAGCUUAUUUUAAUAAGUUCACCUCAGAACUGUCAGCAAGCAGGCCUCUUCCAAGAAAUCACCUGACCUUUAUGGUACUUGAGGAAGGUCUGGUUGUUUGUUUUGAUCAGCAAUCACUUUAGUGGAUA